GCUAUUUAUGCAUCUCCAAACAGUUAAACCUUUAUACGGGCUUGUCGGUUUGGUUUUAAAAAUAAUGUAAUAGUUAAUUUAUCAUUAAAUGUCUAGCAUGUGUCAUUGUUUAUUUAAUCAAUAGAAAUACAGCAUAACAUUCUAAAUUAUAAUUGUUUUACAUUUGAUUGAUGGUACGACAUGUGGUCUGUUGUAUACAAUUGUGGUAAUGUACUUGUUAACAGAAUCUUCCUUUGCAGUUUAUCUGGGCAAAUGUGAGAACUUUGUAUAGUUUAGGUUACUUUACGGUCCAAAUGUUUUGAUAUCAAGCCUUGCUCGUGUAAUUGUUUCGUGUCUAAUUUGUUGGUCAUUUGAUCUCUUCUAAUAUUAAUGAAUAUUCUAUAUGCGUAAUGGAGGAUAUGGUCAUAUCCAUAGAGCACGUAUACAGUGUAUACAUAUACAGUAAGCCCCCAUGUAACACGCUAGUAGUAGAUGCGUUCCUGAAAGGUACUGCGAUAAGCGAAAAACGCAUGAAGCGAAAGUUAUUUCCCUAUAAAUAAUGUAGUAACGAUGAAGUUUGGUGAGAUACGAUGAUACUACUUCGAAAACCACGCAGUGAGAUAGCGGAACUAAUAACCGAGUAGGGUGCGCCGUUACUACAUUACUGUAUCAGCGUCAUGGAAUGCUAUUAGCAUGAAUGACUCUAUAAAAUGUAAGUAUUAUUUCGUAAACUGAAUCACUGUACUGCUCAGCUGCGCAGCUCAAAAAAGUAGUUGUCGACCGUUCAGAAACUGCGUUAUAAAGGUGCGCGUUCUGCGUUAUGAUGGCGUGCACGUUCCCUCAUGGAAGAACAUUAUUGCGAAAAUGCAUUGUAAUCGUGCGUUAAGCGAUGGCUUACCAUACUAUGAGUAUAUAUUGUAUGUAUAUAACACGUACCAUAUAUACACAUGCUAUCUGUAGAAUGAUAUGUGGUAAAUUUAUGACGGUUGUUAUUCUCACAAAUCUAUUUAAAGUUUCUAUAUCGUUGUUUUCCAGAUGGAAGAGUGCAGCUGGUGGAUCAAGAGUUAAUGUGUCAGGGAAGGGUGGAAGUAUACAACAAUGGUUCCGUGACCACAUUUUGCAGAAACAACUGGAAUGUGUUUGAAAGUGAAGUUGUGUGCCAGCAAUUGGAGUGUGGCAGCAAUGUAGAGGUUGCCUCCUACACGAACGACCAAUAUUAUUUUGGCAUUGGUCAGGGAACGUCACGGCAAGCCUCGUGUGGUGGCUCAGAGAAAUCGAUCACCGAUUGCCAGAUGUAUCCAGCAAGUUCCUACAUCUGCACAAACAAGGGGGCAGCUGGUGUUUCAUGUACUGCUGCAGGGCUUCGUCUGGUUGGUGGCAACAACCGCUGUGAGGGCCGGAUGGAAGUCUACAAGAAUGGCAUUUGGGGCGAGCUAUGCAGCUCCACUCUAAACAGAGACAUUGCAGACGGCAUUUGCCGUCUCCUUGGCUGUGGUUGGAGCCUUGUGUAUGGUAACCUGUCGACAUUUGGACAAGGAAAUGGAACCAUUUUCCCAAAUAACUUGUAUUCCAUAUCAAACACAAUAGCCAACAGUCUUAGUUUCGGAACAAACAUGUGUAGCCAUGACCAGACCGCUGCCAUAAUUUGUGAAGCUGCUGGGACUGCCGACAAUUAUUUGUUUGUAACUACAUCAACAAAUGGAAAAGUGCGUCUGGUGGACCGUGAGUUGCAAUGCCAAGGCCGCGUGGAAGUGUUUAACAACGGCUCCUGGGGCACGUUGUAUGGAUACUACGGGGAUGUGUGUGGAGAGUUGCAAUGUGGAAGUCGUAUUAGAACCAUCAGCCAACGUGGUCUAUGGCAGCGUCAGACAUGGAAUGCCUAUUGCAGUAGCAUGGCGCAGAGUCUUGCAGACUGUACUCUGACUCCAGCAAACAAGUAUUUUCGCACGCUGUAUGGAAAUGAUGGCGUUGUUUGUUCAGCUGCUGGCAUUCGACUACUGGGAGGCGACAGUCGCUGUCAGGGUCGGUUGGAAGUCUAUAGGAACGGAGACUGGCGUGGAAUUUGUAGCUCAGUGUUGGAUUACCAGGAUGCAGAUGUAAUGUGCAAGUCUCUUCAGUGCGGAAGUGCAUCGUUUGUUGGAAACACAACCAAGUUUGGUCCUGAAUCUAGCUCAGUUUUUUCACAACGUGUAUCUUGCCCCAAAACUGCAACAACCUUACUCAAUUGCUAUUGGAAUGACAUACUUUGUGAUGAUACAACUGCAGCUUCUUUGAUCUGUGCAGUUCCUGUGGAGAAGACAAUUACUCUUUCAGGACAUGAUGGAGUCAUAUUAUCUAAUAAUUUUACCCUAGAUAACACGUCUUUGACUUAUACAUUUGUAAUACAAUCCAUGUCUCCAAAUGUAAUAAAAAUUAAAUUUGAGAACAUAAGCUUGCAAGAGAGCAACUCGUGCGUACUUGAACGCCUCGAGGUUUGGGAUGGACUGGUGAGUGAAGGCAAUUCCCUGGCUGUGCUCUGCGGGGGAGCUGCUGUCGGCCAACACAUCAAGUCCACCAAACAGGUCAUCUCCUUGGUGUUAAAGGCAAGAGGACCAUUAGAUGGUCGAGGCUUCAUCGUAAGCUAUAGCUCCAUUAAAGUAACAAGACGUUCAGAAGUCCCUGCACCUUGUGGGAUAACAGCAGAUAACACGGUUCAACUGCAGAACAUGUAUGGUUAUUCCUCUUGCGCUGCUGUGUUCAUUGGAAGUCGAUGGAUACUGGUUGCAGCAAACUGCGUGUACAACCGACCAACUUAUGAGUGGAGAGUGAAUUGGUGGCAAUUAAUUGCCAUCUAUUGGUGGGGAUCGAAUUGGAACUGGGUUGGGAAUAUUCCAGUGGCCAAUGUAUUUUUACACCCAAAGUACAAUGUCUCCCUCCCUGACUACGACAUAGCUGUGGUGGAGUUAAGUCAAACCAUACAGCCAUCGGAGCAUCUAAAGCCAGCAUGUUUGCCAUAUUUUUCUGAACCGGUACCUUAUCCGGGAAAAUACUGCUACCUUUACAAAACCUCAGGCAGACAGAUUGCACCCUUCAGCAUCAUCGACACGAAUGAGUGCAAAUCUUUCCAGUACAACAACAGCGGCAUCACCAGUCGGAUGAUCUGCACGGAGUCUGCAACAUGUGUGGAUAAAGAUACCCAAAUCUUGAUGUGUCAAGGGGCGGAUGGCCUGUGGUACGUGACGGGCAUUGGUAAUCGUCUGGCGCGGUGUGAGACCAAUGACGUAGAUCUGCGCGUCUUCGCAAGGGUUUGGAAAUUCUUAGGCUUCAUUAAACUAAUCUCGGGCCUAGAAUCCCACAGAACAAAUUAGCAGUGUACAGUAUGGAAGAAAACAAAAGACAAAAUUAACAUCAAACUAGCAUCACAUUUAUCUAUGGGACCCUUUUUUUGCCUGCAUCAAAAUUGUGCAAAAAAUAUGCUUUACCCUUUCUGGCAAUAAUUCAGGAGGUGCUAAGUUAUUGUGGUUAAAUAUGCAAACAUGUUGAUACCGGCAAAAAGGGUUCUAUAGAUAUAACUGCUCAACCCGAGCUAUUCAUAUUUCUACAGACUGGUUACAUUUUUUAUUAGUACGUUAUCAUGCGUACGUAAAAAAAUAAUCUAGUUUGAUUCUUUCAUUUUUUUUAAUGUUAUCCUUUAAUGCAAAUUACAUUUUAAUCGAAUAAAUAUAAUUGCUCAACUAAAUAUAAUACAUUAUAUGGUAUGGAAUUUAUCAAAUAUGCCAGAUUUGUUUAAGGGGAACUGGGUAUUUUUGAGAUAUUGUGAUAUAAAUGUGAUCAUAUUGUUACAUUGUCAGUGAGCGGAAGUUCAUGAAAAAUGUGAGAGUGGACAGGUGCAGUCGGAUAAAUCGAUUUAUGCUACAUUACCAUCUUUAACAACUUUCAUGAAAAUUGGGAUGUUGCCCUUGGUUUAUAAUUUUCCUCCCAGGUAAACAUUGCAACUUCGUGAGCGGCAUAGCCAGGGCCGGAUUAUGACAUUGCUGGGACUCUAAGCUAUGUCGGCGUAGGGUUUGUAAAUCGAGGAAUGCCUGCUUCAUUUUGUUAUAUCGGAAUGAAAAUAACGUUUUAGAGUAAUUUUCCCUAUAUCGUUUAUUGUUCAACAUAUUACGUAUAACUUCUAAGUUUUCUAAUUCUUUUUUUAUAGAGGCCUCUCAUAAUGCCAGACCCUAUGCUGUAGCUUUAUUAGCUUUUACCUAAAUCCGACACUGGGCAGAGCAUCUCCUCUCCGGAGAGAGCACACGUGUGCUUUUGGCAUCUCACCCAGGUGUCUGCUGGACUCAGGGAACUGCGGAGAGAACGUGCCAUCCUCAUUCAAUACAGCCGAGGCUUGGGAUUGGCCGAUACAGUCAGCCAAUCGGUGGUAGUUGUUGAGCAGAUAUUAGACACGCCUCCUCAAUUAACAUAAAAACACAAAAAACACCUAUUUUAUUUACAAGGCAAAGCCCACUGCUCUUUUUCAAAUGAUAGCUCAAGAAAGGAGCUUAUCAUGUGGAAAUGUUUAGUAGCAGCCAAAUACUGUAAACGCAUGUUACUCAUUGUGAAGUAAAAAACCAGAGGUCCCAGAAAAAAUCCAUGCGAUCACAGGAAGAACAUGUAAACUCCAAAUAUAUAGGCGUUAUGGUUGGGACUAAACCCAAGACCUCCCGCAUACCAGGAGAGGGAGAUAACAUAUCCCCACCACUGAUGUAAGGAAGGGCUAACAUAUCCUUGGGUUAAAGCUUUGAAGAAUUCAGGGACAUCCUCGCCCAUUGACUCAACACUGCCCCUGUACGUGAGCAGUCCCCCUCCUUAACCUCCUUUCCGUUCCUCUAUUGAAGCCCCACCUCUUCUUCGCAUGAAUGGUCAUACAUAUAUGUUAGGCUAAAUUGCAAGUCCUGCAUUACAGUUUGAACUUAGAUCCCUAUUUUACAUCACAAUUAAGGAACCCUUAUGUUUGACGAAACGGUUGAAUAAAUUCAUGUAUUCUGAAGCUGACAAUAUAAACUUUUAUAUUAAUAUAUUACGUGAUUGCAAUAUUAGAUUGUAUUAUGGGCAUAUGCAGAUGUUGAGAAUUACAACGCUGUAAUUUAAGUAUUUUGGGAAUAAAGGAUGUUUAAAAAAAGUAUCAAUCUGUUCCUUUCCUGUUUUCUAUUAAUGUUUUAAAUAUAAUACCCUAUAUGUUAAAUUCUAAACAUAGCAAUGAAUUAACUUGGUUUGCUAGGUGGCCAGGUGAUAGCGGUGCUGCAAUGGAUUAUUGAAUACAUCUGUGCACAACUAUAAGCGUUGCUGCCUCGUAUAUGAGGCAGUGGUCUGUCACUGUGAGGGUUGCUCUUUUUUAUCAAUAAGGGAGAGAGAGAAUUUGGGCUCCAUUUUCUCUCCCAUGCAAUCCCCUUAAUAUAGGACACCAAUGCGGACUUUUAAACG